CUAGGGUUCAUGCAAGCAAACGUUUCGCUAGUUUGUCCACAGACUCGAGUCUUGGCCACUCCACCCAACCAGAGGACCCUGAUUCGAAAUAGACGAAAUAAUGUCAAAGAAGAACAACCUUGCUAAGAGGAAGAAACAGCACGUAUUCGAUCUCCAAAGAGAGAAACUAGAGAAGGAAAAGAAGGAGAAGAAGCUGGUGGCAAAGAAAAAUAAGAUGAAGGUUGAUGGCAGUGACAAGACAAAGAAGAGGGCUGCAAGUGGAUUUCAGGUUGGGAAGAGAAAAGUGAAGACUAAAUUGACGGCCGUAGCUAAAGCUAAAGCUGCCCAGGCAAUGGAGCUUGACAAAUGAAGUUAGAGUAGUUCAUGAUAACACAUUUAACUCUGCAAAUUUCGAAGUUGUUUUGAGGUUGAAUAUUGUUCCAUUAAGCUAUCCGAUAGAUUAAUUGUACUAUAGCUGCUUUCUUGCUCACAGUUUUUGUUCGCUCAACUGUGAAUUCAUACUAUUUCUUUGCGCUUGAUGAGUAUUUAAUCUGUAAUACUAUCUGCCUGUAUGUGGCAAGCGUAGAGCCAUUUUAGAAACUGGGCAUGAUUUCAGCGCCCAUAAUUUCAUAUCCUAAUCGAAAACUAUUCAUACCA